UAUUAAUAUAACACCAAUGCAACCAAGAAAUUGUCGUAAGUCAUCCAAAAUUUAACACAUUUAGUCAAAAUGGAAAGUUGGAAAUUGAUAUCUUUUAUUUUGUUAAUAUCCUGUUUGAUAUUUAACGAUGCAAUUCAAUAUGAACAAUCGGAUGAUAAAGAAACAUGCCAGUUUGAUAGAGGUAUGAUGAGAACAGCUGCUGAAAAUGGAAAUUUGAAACUCUUAAAAUAUGCUUUUGAAAAUGGAUGUAUUUGGGAUGAAGAUACGAUUAUCGCAGCUGCUGCAAAUGGACAUUUGAAAUGUUUAAAAUAUGCACGUGAAAAUGGAUGUCCAUGGGAUGAAAGGGUAUCAGCAGCAGCUGCUUAUAAUGGUAAUUUUAAAUGCUUAAAAUACGCUCAUGCAAAUGGCUGUAAAUGGAACGAAAGCACAACUACUGCAGCUGCCACAAGAGGAAGUUUAAAAAUUUUAAAAUAUGCUCAUAAAAAUGGAUGUGGAUGGAAUGAAAAUACAACAAGAGCUGCUGCUGCUAAUGGAAAUUUGGAUUGUUUAAUAUAUGCUCACGAAAAUGGAUGUCCGUGGAAUGAGGAAACAACUACUGCAGCUGCCACAAAAGGAAGUUUACAAGUUUUACAAUAUGCUCAUAAAAAUGGAUGUGGAUGGAAUGAAAGCACAACAGAGGCAGCUGCAAAAUAUGGUAAUUUAGAAUGCUUAAAAUAUGCUUAUGAAAAUGGAUGUAAAUGGAAUCAAUUAAAUAUCAUGAGUGGUGCAAUAAUAAAUAAUAAUCUAGAAAUAUUAAAGUAUAUUCAAGAAAAUGGAUACGAAUUAGAUGAACUAACAACUAAUAUAGCUGCCAUAACAGGUAAUCUAGAAAUUUUAAAAUAUUGUCAUGAAAAUAGAUGUCCAUGGGAUGAAGGUAUAACUCGUGUAGCUGCCACAGGAGGUAAUUUACAAAUUUUAAAAUACGCACAUGAAAAUGGAUGUCCAUGGGAUGAAAGCAUUACAGAAGCAGCUGCUUAUAAUGGUCAUUAUCAAUGCUUAAAAUAUGCUCAUGAAAAUGGCUGUAAAUGGAAUGAAGGUACAACUACUGCUGCUGCCUCAAAAGGUAAAUUUAAAAUUUUAAAAUAUUUACAUGAAAAUGGAUGUCCGUGGGAUGAAAGAACAACAGAAGUAGCCGCUUUUAAUGGUCAUUUUAAAUGCUUAAAAUAUUCACAUCAAAAUGGUUGCAAAUGGAAUCAAAACACAACUACUGCUGCUGUUUCAAAAGGUAAUAUUAAAAUUUUAAAAUAUUUACAUGAAAAUAAAUGUCCAUGGGAUGAAAGUGCAACCUAUAUGGCUGCCAUAAAAGGUUAUGUAGAAAUUUUGAAAUAUUUACAUGAAAAUGGAUGUCCAUGGAAUGAAAACACAACAAAACUUGCUGCUUAUAAUGGUAAUUUAAAAUGCUUAAAAUAUGCUCAUGAGCAUGGUUGUAAAUGGAAUGAAGGCACAACUAUUGCUGCAGCUUUAAGAGGUAAUUUAAAAAUUUUAAAAUAUGCACAUGAAAAUGGAUGUCCGUGGCAUGAAAUCACAACAGAAGCAGCUGCUUCUGUUGGGAGUCUAGAAUGUUUAAAAUAUGCACAUAAAAAUGGUUGCGAAUUGGAUGUUGGAACAACUCGAGCUGCUGCGGAAAAUGGUUAUUUCGACUGUUUAAAAUAUGCUCAUGAGAAUGGAUGUCCUUGGGAUAAGAGUACAACUAUAGCUGCUGCAAGAAGUGGCUGUUUAGACUGCUUGGUGUAUGCUCAUGAUAAAGGAUUUGAUUUGGAUAAAAGCAUAUCAGAAGCAGCUGCUUUUAGUGGAAAUUUAGAGUGUUUAAAAUAUGUUCAUGAAAAUGGUGGCAAAUGGGAUGAAGGCACAACUCAAGCUGCUGCAGCAAAUUGUUCCUUCGAUUGUUUAAAGUACGCCCAUGAAAAUGGAUGUCUUUGGAAUGAGAGUACAACUAGAGCUGCUGCAGCAAGUGGAUGUUUAGAGUGCUUGGUAUAUGCUCAUGAAAAUGGAUGUAUUUGGGAUAAAGAUACAAUAAUUGUAGCCGCUAUGCAUGGUAAUUUAGAUUGCUUAAACUAUGCACGUCAGCAUGGUUGUGAUUGGGUUGAAGGUACAACGAGAGGAGCGGCAGCUAAUGGAACAUUAAACUGCCUAAAAUAUGCCUAUGAAAAUGGAUGUGAGUGGGAUGAAGGAACAACGAGAGAAGCCGCUGCGAGUGGAUAUAUUAACUGUUUAAUAUUUGCACAUAAAAAUGGUUGUAAAUGGGAUAAUGGAACAAAGAGUGGCGCUGCUGCAAAUGGUCAUUUAGAAUGCCUAAAAUAUAUUCACGAAAAUGGGUGUGAGUGGGAUGAAAAUACAACAAGACUUGCUGCUGCAAAUGGUCAAUAUCAUUGCGUAAAAUAUGCCCAUGAAAAUAAUUGUCCAUGGAGUAGAGGUACCAUUUAUGAAGCUACUCAAAAUGGUUUUAUUAAUAUAAUCAACUAUGCUAUCGAAAAUGAAUGUCCUAAUUAAUAUACUGAUGAAAUUUCUUUAUUUUUAUCAUAUUUAUAUAAGUGGCUAUUUACAUUAUUUAUUAAAUAAAUGAAAUUUAGUUUUUAUGCGUUUUAA